AUGCAACUACCAGGGGUCAUUGCUACAGUCGUUGGGCUAGCCUCACUUGCACCCACGCUCGUGGGAGCACAGGGAGAGACCAAGACCCAUGAAAAGGGUCGCUGCGCCAUACGUGGUCAUUGUGGAAAGCAAUCUAUCUUUGGUGGGGAGCUCCCCUGCCCUGACAAUGACCUGGCACAGCAACCCGAGGACUCCGUACGCGAGAAACUGGUGAAUCUCUGCGGGAGCAAAUGGAGCGAAGGCCCGGUCUGCUGUCGCGAUGAACAGAUCGAUGCCCUUGGACGGAACCUCAAACUUGCCGAAGGAAUCAUCGCAUCGUGUCCCGCCUGCCGAGACAACUUCUUCAACAUAUUUUGUACAUUCACAUGCUCUCCAGAUCAAUCGCUUUUCGUCAAUGUCACUAAAACCGAAGAACACAGCUCUGGCAAGCGAUUGGUGACUGAAAUCGACAACAUUUGGUCCGAGGAAUAUCAAAGUGGGUUCUACGAUAGCUGCAAGAAUGUCAAGAACGGUGCUUCCGGUGGCAAGGCUAUAGAUUUCAUCGGAGGCGGUGCGAAAGACUACACCCAGUUCAUGAAGUUCUUGGGCGAUAAGAAGUUCCUUGGGAGUCCGUUCCAGAUCAACUACCACACAGAGCCUACUGGCCCCGAUCCGCAAGGCAUGGAGGCUCUGCCAAUGAGUCCCAAGGCCUGCAAUGAUCCAGAUAAGAACUUCCGUUGUUCUUGUGUCGAUUGCCCUGAUGUCUGCCCCGAGCUGCCUGCCAUCUCUCCCCCCAAGGCAUGCCAUGUAGGACUUUUGCCAUGCUUGUCCUUUGCCGUCAUCAUCGUUUACUCUGCAUUCCUGAUGUUUGUCAUUACUCUUGCUAGUUGGGUCACAUACAAGGAACGCCGGUUCCGCAAACCAGAGCGGGUACGCCUGCUGCAAGACCCUACACCGAGCGAUGACGAGGACGAGGGAGAGAUUGUGAGGCGUGCUGGGUAUAUCGAGAAGCCCCAAGGAGUCUAUAAGCUCAACUCGGUCUUAUCGGCCUUGUUCCAUCGAAUCGGCGGUGCAUGUGCCCGGUUCCCAGCCAUCACAAUCUCAUCCAGCGUCGUUGUGGUGGUCCUCAUGAGCCUGGGCUGGUUACGCUUCGCUGUUGAAACGGACCCCGUACGUCUAUGGGUGAGCCCAUCUUCUGCUGCUGCUCAGGAGAAGGACUUCUUUGACCAGAACUUUGGUCCGUUUUUCCGGGCAGAGCAGGUUUUCCUGGUGAACGAUCGCCCAUCAAACGACUCUCGUCCGCUUUUGGAUUAUGAGACACUUGUGUGGUGGUUUGAGGUUGAGACAAGUGUGAGGCGGAUGAUGUCUCUGAACCAGGGGAUCAGCCUAGAUGACGUCUGUUUCAAGCCCACGGGGGAUGUUUGUGUUGUGCAAUCCAUAACUGGGUAUUUCGGUGGUGACGUCUCAAAUCUUGACCCAGAUACCUGGAAGGAUCGCUUAACGCAAUGUACCGAAUCUCCGGGAGAUCUUAACUGCCUCCCGGGUUUCUCACAGCCACUUAAGCCCGAAAUGAUCCUUGGCGGCUACGAAGACACCGGAAACGUGCUGGAUGCCAAGGCUCUCGUUGUGACUUGGGUUGUAAACAACCAUGCUCAAGGAUCAGAAGCAGAGCAGAAAGCCAUGGAAUGGGAGGACAGUUUCCAAAAUCUCAUCAAGAAUGCCCAAGAGGAGGCUGCUCAGCGAGGUCUUCGCGUAUCAUUCAACUCCGAAGUCAGCUUGGAACAGGAACUGAACAAAUCUACCAACACCGACGCGAAGAUCGUUGUAAUCAGUUAUCUGAUCAUGUUCUUCUACGCUUCAAUUGCCUUAGGGUCAGCAACUAUUACCUGGAGGUCCCUGCUUACCAACCCAUCCAACGCACUGGUGCAGUCCAAGUUCACUCUGGGAAUUGUGGGUAUCGUCAUUGUUCUGAUGUCUGUUUCGGCAUCAGUUGGAUUGUUCUCGGCAGCCGGAGUGAAGGUUACCUUGAUCAUUGCAGAGGUCAUCCCAUUCCUGGUUUUGGCCGUCGGCGUGGACAACAUCUUCCUCAUAGUCCAUGAAUUCGAGCGAGUCAACAUCAGCCAUCCUGAUGAGGAGAUCGAUGAGCGAGUUGCCAGAGCCGUUAGUCGAAUCGGCCCUAGUAUCUUUUUGUCUGCUUUGACAGAGACAGUGGCCUUUGCUCUCGGAGUGUUCGUCGGGAUGCCUGCCGUGAAGAAUUUCGCCGCAUACGCUGCCGGUGCUGUCUUCAUCAACGCGAUUUUGCAAGUCACCAUGUUCAUAUCUGUACUCGCUCUCAACCAACGACGAGUACAGAGCCUCCGCGCAGACUGCAUCCCUUGUCUUACCGUGCGAAAGGCGAACUCGUUUGGCUUCCCCGACGAGCGAUAUGAUGAUCAAGAAGCAGAGAGUACUCUUCAGUCCUUCAUUCGCCGCAUCUACGCCCCCUUCCUUCUGGAUCGUCGGGUCAAGGCUGGUGUUGUCAUCUUCUUUUUGGGCCUUCUGACCGCCGGCCUGGCCUUCAUUCCAAAGGUUCCUCUCGGAUUGGAUCAGCGAAUUGCGCUUCCGAGCGACUCGUACCUGAUCCCGUACUUCAAUGAUCUGGAUGAAUACUUCGGUACAGGCCCCCCGGUAUAUUUUGUGACCCGGCAUGUAAAUGUCACGGAGCGAGAUCAUCAACAACAGCUCUGUGGGCGAUUCACCACAUGUGAAGAGUACUCCCUGCCAUUUAUCCUUGAGCAGGAAUCCAAGCGACCCGAUGUCUCUUACCUGACGGGCUCAGCGGCCAGUUGGAUUGAUGACUUCUUCUAUUGGCUGAAUCCACAACAAGAUUGCUGUCGAGAGAAUGGCAAGAUCUGUUUCGAGGACCGAGUUCCUGCAUGGAACAUCUCACUUUCCGGAAUGCCAGAAGGAUCUGAGUUCAUCCACUACGUCAAGAAGUGGAUUGAUGCCCCUACUGAUGCAUCCUGUCCUCUCGGUGGAAAGGCGCCUUACAGCAAUGCUUUGGUCAUUGACGAAGCCCACCAAACAAUCAAUGCUAGCCAUUUCCGUACAAGCCACACACCUCUCCACAGCCAGGACGAUUUCAUCCAGUCUUACAUCGCAGCUCGUCGCAUUGCAGAUGACAUCUCUCGCGAGCACAACAUCGAUGUCUUCCCAUACUCCAAGUUCUACAUCUUUUUCGAUCAAUACGUCUCUAUUGUUCGACUCACUGGCACCCUUCUUGGGUCCGCUGUUGCUAUCAUCUUCCUCCUUACCUCUGUGAUUUUGGGAUCCAUCGCCACUGGCGCUGUCGUCACCACUACUGUGGUCAUGAUCGUGGUUGACAUCAUUGGCACUAUGGCUAUCGCCGGUGUCUCGCUGAACGCCGUUUCUCUCGUUAAUUUGGUCAUUUGCGUUGGCAUUGGUGUCGAGUUCUGCGCCCAUAUCGCUCGUGCCUUCAUGUUCCCAGCUCGCCCUAUCAUGGAGAAAGUCCCUGCCAAAUACCGCGGCAAAGACGCUCGAGCAUGGACUGCAUUGGUCAAUGUCGGUGGAAGCGUGUUCAGCGGCAUCACCAUCACCAAACUUCUCGGAGUUUGUGUUCUGGCAUUUACCCGCAGCAAGAUCUUUGAGAUUUAUUACUUCCGGGUAUGGCUGGCCCUGGUGAUUUUCGCCGCCAUCCACGCCCUGAUCUUCCUACCAGUAGCGCUCAGCUACUUCGGCGGAGGUGGUUACUUUGACCCUGCCUCUGAUGGUGGCCUCGAGGCGAACCUUGCCUCACGUGGCUAUCGUGCCUCUCUGCUCCAUGAUGACUACGAGUCCGACGAAUAUUAA